CUCUCCUCAGUCUCCUCCCUGCUCUGCCUUAUGAUUCCAGCUGCGCAUUGAGCACAAACUUUACGGUCAAUCAAACGGAUGGAGGGAGAGAGGGAGGGAGGGAGAGAGAGAGAGGGAGAGAGAGAAGUAGCAAAUCAUGAAUGAUGCUGCCAGUACAGACAACAUGGCAAUGUAUAGCGAUAGACCAAUGCUUUAAAGCGUGAUAAACAUGCAUGAUCUCAAGUUACAUACAAACACGUCUAUUGGACUCACAUACGGCUACGGUCACAUUUCAACCGGGCAGAACGCCUAUUAACCGGCAUCACCGACCCCCCACCCCCCUCAAACAGCUUCCGUGGAUCUCGUCUAAUUGCACCGUGGUCUCAGAGUGAGUGGAGGCGGACCGACGAGCUCUGGUCUGUGCUGGUCUGUCUUGGUGUGAGGCUUUGGACUGAUGUCUCUGCCUGUCAGGAAUUUAAAGUGUCUCUCGCCGGUCAUGUGCCAGUGUAAGGUCAUCUGCAGCAACCGGACCCUCUCCCUCAUGUUCGGGUGCAAGAAGUACAGGUACCAGGAUGAGGAGACGCCCCCCUUGGAGCACAGUCCAGCACAUCUGGCUCCAGGGAAAAGUGCCGAGAUGCUUCAUAUGAGUGACAAGAACCUUGCUGCCAUGGAGGCCAUACAUGGCUACACACCACACACACAUAUCUCUCCUGUCAAGCCUGUGUUGAUGUCUACGGGACACACUCCAAUGUACACCUCUGCUGUUUCCACACUGGGAAAUACUCCUCCAGUGGUGGUGAACACUGACACGCUCGAUGGCUCCCCAUAUGUGAAUGGGACAGAAGGGGAAAUCGAGUAUGAGGAGAUCACACUGGAGAGAGGUAACUCAGGCCUGGGCUUCAGCAUUGCGGGGGGAACAGACAACCCCCAUGUGGGCGACGACCCCAGCAUCUUCAUCACCAAAAUCAUACCUGGAGGAGCCGCGGCUCAGGAUGGACGGCUGAGUGUGAAUGACUGCAUCCUAUUUGUGAAUGAUGUUGAUGUGAGGGAGGUGACACACAGCCAAGCUGUGGAGGCUCUUAAGGAGGCAGGUGCUAUCGUCCGCCUCUACGUUCUCCGCAGAAAACCAGCAGCUGAGAAAGUCACUGAAAUCAAACUCAUCAAAGGGCCUAAAGGAUUGGGUUUCAGCAUUGCUGGAGGGGUGGGAAACCAGCACAUACCAGGAGAUAACAGUAUCUAUGUCACCAAGAUCAUUGAAGGCGGGGCAGCUCAUAAAGAUGGGCGUCUGCAGAUCGGGGACAAGAUCUUAGCGGUGAACAACGUGUGUCUGGAGGACGUGAUGCAUGAGGAUGCGGUGGGGGCUCUGAAGAACACAGCCGAGGUGGUGUACCUCAGGGUGGCCAAGCCCAACAACCUGUUCCUGACCAACUCCUACAACCCUCCAGACCUCACCAGCACAUAUUCCCAUAUGGAUACUGAACUCAGCCACCCCAACUAUCUUGGGUCAGAUUACCCACAAGCCCUCACUCCCACCUCACCUAGUCGGUUCUCUCCUGUUCUGCAUGGCAUGAUGGGAGAUGAUGACAUCCCCAGGGAGCCUCGCAGAGUUUUGAUCCACCGAGGCUCCACAGGUCUGGGAUUCAACAUAGUUGGAGGAGAAGAUGGAGAGGGAAUCUUUAUAUCCUUCAUCCUGGCAGGAGGGCCAGCUGACCUCAGUGGAGAGCUGCACAAGGGCGAUCAGAUCCUCAGUGUGAACGGCGUGGACCUGCGAAUGGCCACACACGAACAGGCAGCUGCAGCUCUGAAGAACGCUGGCCAGACCGUGACCAUCAUCGCUCAGUACCGACCCGAUGAGUACAGCCGCUUUGAGGCGAAGAUCCAUGACUUGAGGGAACAGCUGAUGAACAGCAGCAUGGGCUCUGGGACCACGACACUAAGGAGCAACCCAAAGAGAGGCUUCUACAUCAGGGCUCUUUUUGACUAUGACAAGACUGCAGACUGUGGCUUCCUCAGUCAAGCACUUGGCUUCAAGUUUGGGGAUGUGCUGCAUGUGUUGGACUGCGGAGACGAGGAGUGGUGGCAGGCCCGUAAAGUCAGCCCCCAAAAUGAGGCUGAAGAGGUUGGCUUCAUCCCCAGCAAGCACAGGGUGGAAAGAAAAGAGUGGUCUCGUGUUAACACCAAAGAGAGGGACCAUGGUCGAGACACCUUGAGCACUCAAGGGAGAGAUAAAACAUCACACAGUUACGAAACAGUCACCCAAGUGGAAGUUCAUUAUGCGAGGCCCAUCAUCAUUCUGGGUCCUGUGAAGGACAGGAUAAAUGACGACCUGUUGUCUGAAUUCCCUGAUAAGUUUGGAUCUUGUGUCCCACACACUACGCGGCCCAAGAGGGAAUAUGAGGUGGAUGGACGGGACUAUCACUUUGUGUCGUCACGGGAGCAGAUGGAGAAGGACAUUCAGAGCCAUCGGUUCAUCGAGGCGGGCCAGUACAACAGUCACCUGUAUGGCACCAGUGUCCAGAGUGUUCGUGAAGUGGCUGAGCAGCAGGGAAAACACUGCAUCCUGGAUGUAUCAGCCAACGCUGUGCGCAGACUACAAGCAGCUCAGCUUCAUCCCAUCGCCAUCUUUGUCCGGCCUAAGUCGCUGGAGAAUGUCCUAGAGAUCAACACUCGCCUGACAGAGGAGCAGGCCAGGAAAGGAAUGGACCGAGCCCUCAAACUAGAGCAAGACUUUCUAGAGUGUUUCUCCGCUGUCGUGGAAGGGGACAGCUUUGAAGAGGUCUACCACAAAGUAAAGACAGUGAUCGAGGAGCAAUCAGGGCCUUACAUCUGGAUCCCCACUCGGGAGAGGCUGUGAUGCUGCACCCGCCCCGACCCCCCCCGUCCCCACCCAGCCCCCUCCCUUACGACCGCCAACCGACACCACCACCACCAACACCACCACCACCACCGCCAACAACACCCCUUUCACCCUCACAGCCAAGCCAGCCUCGCCUGCCUGCCUGCCUGUCUGUCCAUCCUCCAGUAAAGUCAGUGCUUAGGCAAUCACUGAGAAUGACACAGAGAGACAAACGCAUACGAAGACAAACACAGAAACAGAGACAAACACAGGAAGUGAUACAGCGAGGCAAAAGAACGAUACCAAAUAAGAGACUCUGAGACAGAUGCGAACACAGUGAGUGUGUAAUUAGACUGAAAGAGACGAAGAGAAAAGACUUAAUCAGUAUUCCACUUUAAUGAGGCAGGGCUGAGUAUUGAAGCCCCGUUCACACUUAGCAUUAAAAUGCAUCUUGGCCGCAAGUGGACAGCUCUAAAUACAGCUGUGACUGCACCCAAAACUGGGGAUGCAAAUGUCCUAAGCACAGUUGAUUUAGCGAUGCCAGACAACUUGGUGUGUAAUGUGUGUUUUGUUUUCUUUCUGUUUAGAUGCAGUUGCAGUUUCCCAGCAGAUGAAAUCAAAUGUGAAGCGGAAUCCAAUCAUUAAGUUAGAUAUCUCUGAUGCAUUUUAAUGUCAGGUGUGAACCGCAGUCCACGUCAUCUGGAUCUAGACACGAUCUGGAUACACUCAGACACAGGAGACAUUAGGUCUGAGCAGGGCUUGAAAGAGAGUAGAGGGUGACCCAGCAGGGACGGACCUCGAGGUAGUAUUAAGACCACCUCAACCCUCCCUGUCCCUUGGAAGUGUCACACUCACAGCCCCCCACACUGAACACCUCUGCGCGCCUAUGUCUGAGAUGGAGGUGCCCAAAAAGACGCUGGCCCCUCUUUUUAUAUCACCUCCUGGCUUUCUCUCCUCCUCCUCCUGUCAGCUCUGCCUUGUUUCAGGACAGGAAUGGGGGAAGACUGAGAAUAGGGGGCCCAGAUCCUGUUGAGUCCCUCUUGACCAGGAGUCCUUCUUUUUUUUUUCUUUUCUUUUUUUUCUCUUUUGGUUUUUUCUUCUUGGUUCUGGGUGUGGACUCAGAAUUACACCUCAGCAACCAAGACUGACAUUUGCUCAAUCACCCAUGUUGAAUAUUGCGAGGCAUUAUUUAAAGGCAGUUCAAAUAAUUAUAAUGAUAAAAACUCAUAUGCUGAAUUUGUGCAUGCAUCCUCAAAGACAAUGGAGACAGGAGAGAAAAAGAAUGGAAAAAUCUGACUAAAAAAAAAAAAAGAAAAGAGAAAACUAUACAAUAAAAAGAAAGGUGAGUUAGUAGGGUGUGUUCUCCUUUGCCACCUCCUUAUUGUGGAGGAGUUUUUUAGCAUGUCUCAUGAAGGAAGAAGAGAAGAGAGAUGAGGUCGUGAGACAUAGUCACGAGAGGCCAGUCCCGAGCACAGUAGAUGCUCUUACAUCUUGCCUCCGCUCUCUUAUGCACACACACUCAUGCACCAACACACACACACUCACAACACUCUCACACCUAUCCACCGAUACACAGGUGCACACACGUAGAGUUAUAACCUCAGCUGUAACCUAGCACACUCCUCUACAGGGGGUGGGGUGGGGGGCACUGGCUGUUCUGACCUGCUAGUCAGAAUCCAGGAUGAAUGUUAUCUCUCUAGGCACAAACAGCAGAGCUGUUAGCUUCAUCGCGCCACAGCCAACUCACCGAUCACUCUUCCAAAAGAAUCCUCUCAGCCACAGACGUACACACUGUUUCCAGUGGCUGCAGUAAAAGCCAUGGCGCGUGUGUGUGGGUGUGUGUCUGUGUGAGCUUGCGUGUGUGUGCGUGCGUGCGUCUUCGUGUGUGCACAUUCGUGCACAUUCAUGUGUGGAAACUCCUCUGUGUGGGAGGAAUAGGUCUUCUUUUAUUCUCUCUCUUCCACUUUUUCUCUGCUUCUAUCUCCCUCUUGUGUCCACACAAAUUAAAGCUAAGUCAUGUUUAACAAAUAAAUGGCCUAUAUAUAUAAAUAUAAAUAUAAAUAUAUAUAUAUAUAUCUUUUUUAUGACAAUUUCUAACGGGACUAAGUCUGUAAAAAUCAACAUCUACAAACAAUAUUCCAUUGAUUUCUUUGGGUAAUAUUGCUGUUUGGUUGUUGAAUUUACUCACGUUCCCAUUUUAUUGUUGUAAAACGCAGCAAAAAGAAAUAACUGAACCAUAGGAGUCGAUGUGAAGCAGACCUCACACUAGAGCUUUGAACUGGCAUAUCUGACAUGUUCUUGUGUACAUUGAGAAUGAAUUGAGGCACAUGUACAAUGCAGCUGUGUGUGUGUGUGCGACAGUGUGAGUGUGCAUAUGUGUGUUUGCCGCUUGUGUGUGUAGGUGACAAGAGCCUAUAUAAUAUAGAAAUGAUAUUAUAUGAGAACAUCUAUCCUUUAUAACAUCCACUGGUGAUUAUAAUGUAUAAUACAUAAAUGAGUGGUGUGUGUGUGAGUGUGAAUGUGUGUGCGCAUGUGUGUGUGUGCCAGAGCGAGAGAUUGAGACACACACACGAAGAUGUAGUGCAAUACUGCUAUGAUGUUAUGCAAUGAAGAUGGUUUUAACAUGUGUCUAAGAGUAAAAGAGUAUUUAUAAAGUUUGCACUGACGGCAUUAUAUGCUACAGGUAUCAGCAGGAAAAAAAGAUGGCAAAGUAAAAAGACUCCCAAGGGUUUAUGAGCAUGUGUUUGUGUUUACUUAUAAUUUGUCCUGAAUUAUAAGAGUGAAGGUGGAAGUAUUGAUGGAAGUGACCAUUCAUAUUUAUUGUUUGUUUAUUUUUUGCUCACUUGCUUCUCUCAGCUCAUGGUGGAAAAGCUGGAGCCUGUGAAUGACAAGUAUCAAGUUUUUGUUUUUGUUUAUGACUUGUUAUUUAUUUAGAAUUGUCACUUGGUUCCAUCUCAAGUCUGUAUAUUUUUGUAAUUUUUUUAAUUUAUUUUUUUCUUGUUUUCCACAUUGAGAGAGCUUUUGGGUCUCGGCCAGAAAUGCUGUAAAUAUAAUAGAGAUGUUGAAGUGCCGUGUGGCUUUAGGUUUAGCCGUGCACACUGCUGAAUCGAUGCAAGUACAGAAUCCAUCAGAGCCACAGCCCAGUUUAACUGCUCAAAAAAAAAAGCAAAACAAAACAACAACAACAAAAAAAAUAACACACAGAAACAACAUCUGCACACUCCGGGUGGGCAACACACACACACACACACACACACACACUCAAAGAUAUCAGCACGUCCACACAUCCAUUUACAUUCACACAUUGAUAAAGCCACAGAAACAACAACACAUGACAACACAUCCAUGAAUGGAAUAAUAUGUUUUCAAUUUCUUUAUUUGAGGGUUCAAUGUAUUUCUUAAUAUCUCUCUCAGCCAUCCGUAUCAUAGUGUGAUAUUCCUUAUAAAAUAUAUGAAUUUUUACAGAAAAGACUGAUUACAAACUUACAACAAAGUCAACUGAUGCAGAAAAAUAUAUUUAACAAUGACAAUAUCAAGCAAAAUAAAAUGUUCCAGUUCAGUGAAGCGCUUGUUGUAAAUUAGCUAUAAAAUAAUAAAAUGAAUUUAAAAAUGCUUUCUGAAAAA